ACCCUGGUCCUCCUCCUCCUCCUCCUCCUUUUCUUCCGCAGGCCCAGGAUCCAGCCAGGGGGAGCUGGCUGGCUAGGCACCCUCUCCUCCUCCCCCCUCUCCUCUCCCCUCCUCCCUCGCCCCCUAAAAAGGGCUGCUCAGCGCGCUGCGGGUUGGCCCCCGAGAUGAUGCAGCAGGACGAGUCGAACUCUCCAGUCUCGCCCGCCGACGACAGCCUGAGCAACAGCGAGGAGGAGCCCGACCGGCAGCAGCAACAGCUUCAGGGCUCCGGCAAGCGAGGGGGACGCAAGAGGCGAUCGAGCCGCAGGAGCGCCGCCGGGGUCGGCGGAGGAGGAGGAGGCGCAGGAGGCGGAGGAGGAGGAGCCGGCGGGGGGAUCGGCUCGGCGACCGAGGAGCCGUGCAGCCCGGCGCAAGGCAAGCGGGGCAAGAAAUCCGGCGGCGGCGGCGGCGGCGGGAGCAGCGGCGGAGGCGGAGGCGGGAGCAGCAGCGGAGGGGGCAGCCCGCAAUCUUACGAGGAGCUCCAGACGCAGCGGGUGAUGGCCAACGUGCGCGAGCGGCAGCGCACGCAGUCGCUGAACGAAGCGUUCGCGGCGCUGCGCAAGAUCAUCCCGACGCUGCCGUCGGACAAGCUGAGCAAGAUCCAGACGCUCAAGCUGGCCGCGCGCUACAUCGACUUCCUCUACCAGGUCCUGCAGAGCGACGAGCUCGACUCCAAGAUGGCCAGCUGCAGCUAUGUGGCCCACGAGCGCCUCAGCUACGCCUUCUCCGUGUGGCGCAUGGAGGGAGCCUGGUCCAUGUCUGCCUCUCACUAGCCUCCCGCGCCGACUGGCCCGGCCGGAGACCGAGAUGACAUUUGUUCCAAAGAAGGAGAGAAAACGGACAAUCUAGAGAGAGACUCUGCACUUGGAUUCGGCUCCCCUCCUUUGUUUUUCUCUCCCCCUUUGUUCCCUCUAAGACAAUAUAUAACGCCAAGGAUUUUCUUGGAAAUUGAGCGGCGUUCUUGGCCCACAUUGCAAGGAGCAGGGCGUUGAGAGACCAGGAGAAGCGAGAGACCCGUGGGGGGGGGGGCCUCCUCGGAUGGUGAGGCGGCUGAUCCAGAGGCGGCUAAAGGGCCCUACCAGACAUCUCUGCAUUCUGAUCAAAAAUCUGAACCGGUUUUAUUUUUAUUUUUCUAUUUUGACGAAGAAUGUUGGAAGUUAACUUUUUCCCCUCUUUACUUCCUUUUUUUUUGUUUUGUUCUUGCAUGCAUGCAUUCCCAAGAGAGUUUAUGAGCCACUCAUGAAAGGAAAUACGUUACUGUGGACUCCCCCCAUUCCCUCGCUCUCUUUUUGGAACAGAUCUAAUGACAGAGAAACCCGGAAAAAACCCGUUUAGAACGAGUGAGAAAGGAAAAUAUAUUUUUAAAGAAAAUAUGUUUAGGGUAGCUAUGCAUUAUUGGCUCCAAAACUCUUAUAUCCUGCUCCUCUUUCAUUUAUAUUUUAUUUUUCCUGCAAGAAAAAAGGAGGAAAAAUGGGGUGGGGGGAGAGCGAGAGAAAAAAAUGAAACAUUCUAUUUAUUUAUUGAUGACCCAUGUUAAAAAAAUGCAAAUAGAUCCGGUGUCUAAAUGCAUUCCUAUUUUUAUGAUUGUUUUGUAAAUAUCAUUGUAUAUUUUUUUUCCUGCAAUAAAUAAAUUGAAAUGUUAAAAG